UUUUCCUUGUUCUACAAAUCUCUACACACAAACACGCACAUUUUCAUUAUUAUUCUCAUACUAUUAACUUAUUAAUUAAUCAUAUAUAAUAAAAGGGUUUAGCGAUCAUAAUUCAGUAACUGCUGAUUGUUAACUUAUAUGUAAAAAUGAGUGUGGUUGGAUUCGAUAUCGGAAACGAAAACCUAGUAAUUGCGGCUGCAAAGAAUCGUGGAAUCGACGUGUUAUUGAACGAUGAAUCUAACCGUGAGACGCCUGCAGUGGUGUGUUUUGGCGAAAAGCAAAGAUUUUUAGGCUCUGCAGGGGCUGCUUCCGCUACUAUGAAUCCUAGAUCCACUAUUAGUCAGAUCAAAAGGUUGAUUGGAAGUCGGUUUGAUAAGUUAGUUAUGCAGGAUGACUGUAAGUUGCUCCCGUUUGAAACUAGCGAGGCACCUGAUGGCGGUGUUUUAAUUCAUUUAAACUAUAUGGAUGAACGGAAGACAUUUACCCCUGUUCAGAUUAUGGGAAUGCUGUUUGCGCAUUUGAAACAAAUGGCGGAGAAAACCCUUGAAAUGGUGGUUUCGGAUUGUGUUAUUGGGAUUCCAUCGUAUUUUACUGACUUGCAAAGACGGGCUUAUCUUGAUGCUGCAUAUAUUGCGGGAUUAAGACCUUUGAGAUUGAUGCAUGAUUGUACUGCGAUUGCGUUAGGUUAUGGGAUUUACAAGACUGAUUUUGCUGAUUCUGGGACUACUAAUGUUGUGUUUGUUGAUAUUGGACAUUGUGACACUCAGGUUACUGUCGCGGCUUUUGGAACAGGGCAUGUGAAAAUACUAUCUCAUUCUUUUGAUAAUAAUUUAGGAGGUAGAGAUUUUGAUGAAGUUUUGUUUAAGUAUUUCGCAGAAAGGUUUAAGGAGGAAUAUAAGAUUGAUGUUUACACAAAUACUCGGGCUUGUUUAAGGUUAAGAACAGCAUGUGAGAAGUUGAAAAAAGUUUUGAGUGCUAAUGCUGAAGCACCAUUAAAUAUUGAAUGCUUGAUGGAUGAGAAAGACGUGAAAGGGUUUAUAAAGAGAGAAGAUUUUGAGAAUCUGUGUUCUGAUUUGUUACAGAGAGUUGGUGUUCCUUGUGUUAAGGCUGUAACUGAUGCCGGAAUAAGCGUUGAUGAAAUAUAUUCGAUCGAGCUUGUUGGUUCUGGGUCUCGAAUACCAGCUAUUAUGAAACAACUAACAUCUCUUUUUAAAAGAGAACCAAGGAGGACACUUAAUGCAAGUGAGUGUGUUGCUAGAGGAUGUGCACUUCAUUGUGCAAUGCUUAGCCCCACUUUCCGUGUUAGAGAUUAUGAGGUUCAAGAUUCAUUUCCUUUUUCAAUAGGACUUCAAUCAGAUGAAUGUAAAGAUAUUUCAUUGCCCAAUGAUGCAUUGUUUCAUAAAGGCCAUCCAUUCCCAAGUGUUAAGAUGAUUUCUUUGCAUAGAAGUAAAACUUUCCAUGUGGAAGUCAUUUAUGUCAACAAGAAUGACCUCCCUGUUGGAGUAUCGCCUCAUAUCAGUCGUUUUACGAUUGGUCCUUUCUCAAGUGCAGAAAAAGUGAAGGUUAAAGUUAAAUUUAGCCUAAAUCUUCAUGGAAUUGUAACGAUCGAAUCUGCUUCUUUUAUAGCAGAUGAUCACUCAGUUAAAAAUGCUAAUUCACCUUCAGAAGCAAUGGAGGCAGACAAUCAUGUAUCAAAUGGUGCUGCUGAUCAUAAGUUUCCCAAUUCUAGACCUUCAACAACAUAUUCUGCUGAUGAAAUGAGAAAGGGCAAGUCGCAGAGGCAGAAACUUACGGUUUUUGAAGAGGUAUAUGGUGGAACUACAAGAGAUGCUCUUUCCCAAGCUCAAGACAUGGAAAGGCUGUUGGCAGAGCAAGACAUAUAUGUAGAGCAAACUAAAGAACAGAAGAACACACUCGAAUCGUUUGUCUAUGACACACGUAAUAAGCUUCUAAGUUCAUACCGGAGCUUUGCCACAGAGGAAGAGAGGGAGAGAAUCUCUAGAAAUCUGCAAGAAACGGAGGACUGGUUAUAUGAAGAUGGUGAUGAUGAAUCUGAACAAGCCUAUACUGGAAGGUUGGAGGAUCUAAGAAAGCUGGUAGACCCUAUUGAAAGUAGAUACAAGGAAGAAGAUGCUCGAGCACAAGCGACAAAAAACCUAUCUAAUUGUAUCAAAAGAUAUUGCAUGGAUGCAAAUUCACUACCUGCUUCUGAGAAAGAGGCGGUAUAUAGUGAAUGUAGCAAAGUUGAGAAGUGGUUGAAAGAGAAAUCCCAACUGCAGGCUUCUAUGCCGAAGAAUGCUGACCCUGAGCUCUGGUCAUCUGAAAUCAAUCAAAAAACCGAGGUUCUAGAGAGAAUUUUCAAGCACAUAACGAAAAACAAGUAUUCGAGCUCAAGUCAUGAGGAUACCAAUGAAAGGGACAAACCUGAUGACAUGUAUAUAGAUUGAUGAUAUCCACCUUAGCCUGAAACUUAACACGCAUUUUGAAAUGAUUCUCUCAGAAUUGAGAUUCAGAGGUAAGAACAAAAUUUUGGUUGCUGAAUCCCCAAUUUUGAAGGUUAUAUGUAUUGCCUUUGAUUUGUUGUGUCAUAUGAAAAAGGGAGAAGUGGGAUCUACCUGCAUUUGUUAUUAAAAGAUGAUGAUUCGAGUGAAUCAAUCAGUUUGGUGGUUUCAUGCUUUCAUUCUGUAGGUCUGCUUUCGUUGACUUGAAGUUGAUUUCUAUGACUUCGCUUAUGUUUGUUUUAUUUGGUAAGUAUUUAAUGUUGAUUCA